UCUAACACACCAUAACAAAUGGUAAUUUGCAUGAGGUUACACCCUUGAAGCGAUCCUGCUGCUCUGUGAUCUCUAUCAUUCACCAAGAAGACCAUUCACCAAAACAACAUCUGCAACUUUAAACGCACGUCAGGGUUUCAUAUUUUGGCAAACCCUGAACAGGUCAGUGCUCUGAGUACUGGAAGAUGAAUUGGGUGUGGUUCAGUGCAGCUGUUCUGAUAUGCUGCAGUCACAAGACGAGUGUACAGGGAAAGUGCAAGUCCCAAUCAACAUGCUCUGCCUGUGUGAGCACUGCAGGUUGUGCUUGGUGUAAGCAGAGGGACUUCCUGAUGCCUGGUGAGGCAACCAAUCAUCGGUGUAACACAAAAGACAACCUGAGGAGGAGUAACUGCUUGGAGGUUAUAAAUCCCAAGCCUAGAACACUCACCGUCAGGGACAAGCCCUUUUGGAGUGACCCAGGAAGAGUAGUCCAGCUCCGGCCACAGAAGCUCCACAUCAAGCUUAGACUGGGUGUUCCCCAUACAUUCAAUGUGAUGUUUAAGAGAGCGGAGGGCUCCCCCAUUGACCUGUAUUACCUCAUGGAUCUCUCCUUCUCUAUGAGGGAUGAUCUGGACACUGUCCGCAAAUUGGGCCACCAGAUUGUCUCAGCCCUGAAAAAUGUCUCCAGUUCUGUCCGGAUUGGUUUGGGUGGUUUUGUGGAGAAGGCCACAGAUCCCUUCAUCAACACAAUUGAGGCAGUAAAAAACAGACCCUGCAAUAAGGGAUAUACAGGGCCCUGUCAGCCUUCUUUCAGCUUUAAGCAUGUCCUACCACUCACUGAGGAUGUAACUGAAUUCACAAGGAAGGCUGAAAAAGAGUCCAUCUCUUCUAAUAAAGACAAUCCCGAGGCAGGCUUUGAUGCUAUAAUGCAGGUUGCCGUCUGCCAGGAUCAAAUAGGCUGGGGCGAUGUGACACGGAUCUUGGUCUACACUUCUGACGGUGUCUAUCAUCUGGCUGGAGAUGGAAAACUAGGCGGUAUCUACUACCCAAAUGAUGGAAAGUGUCAUCUUAACAGCGAGGGAUUCUAUGACAUGGCCACAUACUUUGACUAUCCCUCUAUCGCCCAUGUUGCUGAGGCUCUUUCUAACAACCACAUCAAACUCAUCUUUGCAGUGACUAAAGAACACUUAGAGCAGUAUACGGCUGUGAGUGAGCUCAUCCCACAGUCUGUAGUAGGUGUGUUGGAGAAGGAUUCCAGCAAUGUAGUCCAGCUCAUCUCUAAAGCCUAUCAUGAUCUAUCAUCCACAAUAUUGCUGGAGCACCAUAGAGUUCCACCAGGUAUAGAUGUCUCCUAUGUCUCUCAGUGCAGUGAUGGCACUCAUUCCCAAAAUCAGAAGAGAGGGGCAUGCAGUCAUACUAUGAUAAAUGAUCAGGUGAAUUUCACAGUGACCUUAACUAGCUCCGCUUGCCUGCAUGAGCCAACAUCAUUCAUCCUCAAAGUGCAGGGUCUAAAUGAAGAGCUGCAGGUGACUGUGGAGACUCUCUGUAACUGUGAUUGCAAUGACACAGAGCCCUUUUCCCCUCAGUGUAAGGGCAAAGGAACUCUCACCUGUGGUAUCUGCAGCUGUGAUGAAGGGAAUAUGGGCCAGAGUUGUGAGUGUGAGAUGCAGGAGCACAAGGACACCAUGUUUGCGCUGGACGAGAAGUGUGUCAGCCCGAACAGCUCCCAGCCAUGCAGUGGACAAGGGAGUUGCCUGUGUGGCAUGUGCAUAUGCAGAGGGAACAUCAGAGGGAAGUACUGCCAGUGUGACGACACCAGCUGCAAUCGGCACAACAAUAUCAUCUGUGGGGGAAAUGGAAAGUGUAACUGUGGCACAUGUGAGUGUAAUCCUAAUUACUCUGGUCAUGCCUGUGAAUGUUCAACAUUGACUGACCAGUGCUACACAGGAGGAGAUGGUCUGUGUAGCCACAAUGGACACUGUGAAUGCAACAAAUGCCAGUGUCACCCAGAUUUCUUUGGGAGACACUGCUCUGAAAUUAGAGCCCCUUGUAUCAAGUUCAAACCUUGUGUCCUAUGUGCAAUAGCAAAUGGAGAAGAUUGCAAACAUGCUUGUGGAGGUAUAAAGCUUGUUACCAAAAUGAAUGAAUCUGGACCACUUGUUUGCUUUGAUGAGAAAGUUAAUUAUAAUGUGGAAAUGGACAUGGCGGAUGGAAGUAUCCGUAUACUCUAUGUUCUAAAGCCCAGUAAAAUGUAUGUGAUUUACCGUCUCAUCGGCACUGCGAGCGGUGGUGUUGUUGUCAUUGGCUUGAUUGGCAUCAUGAUCUGCAAAAUUCUGUUGGAAAUCAUCUAAUUUGUCUUCAUCUUUGUGGACCUAGUCUGGCACAUGCAAAUAUCUGGUUGCACAUAUUAGACAUUCUCGAUAUCAUUUAUGGUAAAUUGGUAGAUUUGGUAGAAGUCCCACAUAUGACAUGACAUAAAUUACUGAUAAAUUUAGAAAGCCAAUGUCCUUACUGUCCAUGUAACUUGAUUGGGUGUUCCAUAGUCAAUGAUGCAACAUCAUAUCAGCAUCUCUUCUUGGGUCUUGGGCAGGGGCCGGAUUUAUUGGAAUGAGACCUCGUGGGAGGGAUUAUAAUUUUUCUGCACGGGUAUCAGAUUGUUGUUUGAUCAUAUGAAGAGUUCAGAUGCAAAACCCUCUAAAUCCGUCUGACCACUUUUCUUUUAAAUGAGCAUUUAA